UGUACUGUAUUUGCAUAACACAGUAAUAUACUGUAUCUUUUACAGAACAUCUGUAAAUAUACAGCACUUUUCUGUUUUCAGCCCGCUAAAUUAAUAAUACAGUAUAACUCUGUAAAGGCAUAGCAUUGUGGGAUUGAUUUCUUUCGCGCUCAUUUUAGAUCCAAUGUGAUGCGGUGGUGGACAGAGGCAAACUUUAUUUGUUAGCGGGACAGUUGAACAGAAUAAAUAUUCCUGUUAUAAACGAGUGGUCUGUGAAUCUGUGAGCAGUUCUCAAGCUUUUGUCAGCUUCGGUUCGAGUUUCAAACAUUCAAACAGUUGGCUGUGACGCAGCAGAAAAUAGGAGACGUUAACGUGACAUGAAAACGGGAUGAAGAUUUGUCAUCUGAAUCGGAAUAAUCUACGUUAACUUGCGCCCAAUAAAUGUCUAGUUUUGAGCUUGAGAAGAUGGACAACUGUUCGACUGAUAUGGCUUUGUAAUCUGAGGACGAUCCAGUGCCAACAAUAAUGUCUGGAAUAAAAGAAUCCCUGAAGGAUGCUGUGUUGUUGGUGUUACCAAGCCUUUCGCCAGAUGUAACCAACCAGCUGGUUGAGAAGCUUAUGGACCAAGGUGUUGAGGGCUUGGAUGACUUGACUUAUGUCAAAGAAGAAGACAUUUCGGAAUUUUUACGCCCAAUCCAGUGCAGAAAACUAUUGAGUGCCUGGAAACAUCAAGAACAUCAAAACUGCACAGUUGUACUGCAGCCUGCCGAAAUCAUCCCUUUGGUUCCCCCUGAAACAGAGACAACAGACUCCUCAAUGCCAACAUCAAGCAGUGUAGCGUCAACAGCAUCACGUUCAUGGCUGGAAAAUUUCAAAGUGCCCUGGGACUUAAUGCCACCAGGAAUUAAGAGCGCUGUCGAGAAUGGCCAGAGACCUUCUCCUUCUGACCGACGACAAAUGAUAAGAAUCCUUGCGGAUGAAAUUAGAAAAGUUGAAAAAGCCCCCACAAGAUCACAGUGUCUUACUGUGACUCGACGAAUAGUAAGCCAGUAUCCAAAGUCUUUUGCUGACAUGAUUUGUGACAAGGUGGUUGGAGGUGGAUACGAAUCUCUCCUUUCGCAGCUAAAGGUACGCAUAGAGCAUCUAAAUAGAACAAGUACUCUUAGUCAUUGUAGGAACAAUAGAAAUGACACUGUUACUUCUAGAAAACGCAGCAUCACUGAUUCAUAUGGCUGCACAAGAUGGCAGCCCGCUCUUCCCCCUGGGGAGAGUUGUGACAGUCUUGAAGUGAAACGUCAGAAGAUGGAGGAGAUACACCUUCAUGAAGGAAUGUCUGGUGCAGAGAGGGGGGAUGUGUGCAAACUAAUGGAGGAGACCUAUUGGCUCCAACGUCAAAUGAUAAAUGGAACCCCAUCCCCUACAAUUGAAGACUUAAAAAACAAAUGGCCAUAUCUCUUCACACAGAGGCAUAUAUAUGGACAUUUUGAACAGCUCACAGACAAAAAAGUGCUCAGACUUUUAGAAUUGUCUGUUCAGGAAUGUGGACAAAUCAUAAUUGAGUUUUUCAAGCGUAAACCAACCAAUGAUGACGUUCGGAGCAUACUCUCCAGAGGUGACAAUGAUGUGGGUGCCAUGGUCCUACAGCUACUCCUUGCACACUUCAAAGAGAAGUUGGAUGAUGUUAUCCUUCAAGCAGACGAAUUUGCAACUGCAUCUGAUGUCCAGCAAUCUCUACACUUGCCAGAGAGUCCACGCCUUAUAUUUCUUGGUCAAUCUCUAAGCAACCAACGCUGGAUGCUAAGUUUAGAAGGUCAAGUUGUGUGUGAAGGAGCACAGCCCAGCUUCAUCACUGGCCUGGCAGCGCUGUUUGCCUCUUUCUAUAACUUCAACUUGCAGUACCAGGAAGAGGCAGCAUGCACCCUUGAGUUUGUUCAGAGACGUUUUCUUGACAUCAAUCCUGAACGUGGAUCAAAAACAAAGAAAGGAAGAAUAACUUCAAAGAAGACUGGCCAAGUUGUGCAAAAAAAGAAUACCACUGUAAACCCACAGGUUUCCUCACUUCUGCGAAAACUUGCAGACUUUGAAUGGGAUUUUGUUUAGAUGCCAUUUUUCAGAGUCUUUCUGGGUAACUCUGAAGAACCUUUCCAUUUGUUGAAAGUAAGUACAUACAUAAAUAUAUGGUAAUUAUAUAAUACAUAUAAUUAUAGCAUUGUUAAUGUUCUAAUGUUUGUUAAUUGUUAAUUGCAUUUAUAAAAAUACAACUGACAUUUCAGUCAACAUGUUUAUAUGAAAGGCAAGUUUGUACAUUUAAUUUGUCCCCUGACUUUCUGGGUCACUUUAAAUUGCUGAAAAACCUUUUUAUUUGUUAAAAGUAAACAAAAUUACUGCAUUGUUAAAUAAGUGCCAAGUGUUGACUGCCAAGUGUUAAACUUGCAUUUUACAUGUUUAAAAAAUUUAGCUGGCAUUUUAGCCAAUAUGUUCACAUAAGGCAAUUUUCUAGUCUUUGCUUUUAUCCAAAAUAAAUGUUUUAAAACCCA